AAUACGCUACGCACCGCUCCCAGUACUACAUAUAAAGCGCUCAUUCAAACGGAAGUGGACAAGUUACCCAAGCAAACUCGACCACACUUACACGAGACCUAAAGCAACACAAGUCGAUGUGAUUAGGAAACCUUUACUGCUGUGGUUGUUUUUAAACACUCGGACAGAUGCCGAAAACUCCAGGACGCUGCACGUGCUGCGAUCUCAGCGGCGGGUACAUAUGCUGAUAUCCUUACACAAACUCUGGAGUGGAUUAUCGACAGAGGAUGAUGCGGAAAUGAGUCCAAACUCUUCAUGGAAGAGGUGUGAAGUUUCACGCACGGGGUGUAGAUAGCCGGAAGUGUCUGGAUGUAAAGUUUGGGAAUUAACUUACCUUGUUUUGGUGAACUUUGGACUUGUUUUAUAUUUCUCUGUAACUAUGAGAUGUGAUAGUGUACUGUCCAUUAAAUAGAGUGGACAAUAAGGUCCAAGUUUGAGCGAAACCGUUUCUAUAUUAACAAAUGAAGAAUGUUUUGAAUAAGUGAAUCAUUUUGUUUGAAAAGGACUUAUUUAUAAGAGUUUGAAAAAUAUUCGGCAAACAUAAAAGUUAGCUUUGCUGUCAAGUUAUACAUCAGAGAGGACUGCAAAAGACAUUCAGCACAAAACAUUCCGAAUUUUUAAUGCUAAAUAAAGAGACACGAGACUUCUGUUUUCAAGAGGUUUUAGACAUCGGACUCUCUUGCUGACGACAGCAACUUGUGGAGUGACCCGGUCCCAAGCACCACUCGAGUCUUCGCCAAGGGUAAACGUCACCCCACCAUGCUCGUGAACCGGAAGGUCAUCUCAGCCUCAUAAUUCUAGCCACUAGGGGGCGGUUUCCAUGUGACAGGAGUCAGGAAGUUAAUCACUGUAGCCACUGUUUCGUGACUCCGAAAGGGGGCGUUUUUCUCGUUAAACGAUGGGCUAUUUUUGAAACAGAUUAUCUAUUGGAACGUUUUUAACGGAUGGAAUGAUAUUUGUUUUCUGAUUUGACGCUGUUUUGAGUUGAUCCCGAGAAUCGUCAUGGUUUCGAUAUUGGAAUGGAUUGUUAUUGUAACGGCGCUGACCUAUGGAACGCAAGCAGGUAUCGUGAUGCCGAACUAUACGUUUGUAAGUGAAGAGGAGCGCCUGAUCUCCCACCUCCUCGACAGAUACGACAAGCGCAUCCGUCCAGUCAAUGUCACAUCCAAGAUGAUCAUUGUGGCCGUGGGCCUGGCCAUCACUGAUGUCGUGGACCUGCACGAGAAAGAUGAAGUGUUCGAAACAGGCGCCCUCUUGCGGGAGAUGUGGGAAGACAUGCGUUUCAGGUGGGAACCCUCUAAGUACGGAGGGAUAGCUACUAUACAUAUCCCGUCAACAAGCGUCUGGAAACCGGAUGUAGUUCUCCUCAACAAUGCCGAUACAGACGUAGAGACGUUUGACCCACUGGUAGUGGUUUUCCAUACGGGAACUGUGAUAUAUAUUCCUAAAGUUCGCCUCCGGGCUAAGUGUCCGAUGGACAUGACAAAAUUUCCAAUGGACACCCAAACAUGUCGGAUACAGUUCGGAUCUUGGACUUAUGACGUCACACACGUCAACAUAACACAUUUCACAUCAGAAGAAAAUGGUCUUGAUAUACGAGACGCUAAGCCGAGUAAAGAAUGGAAAAUAGUGACCACAACAACUAAAAGAAUCGACCACAAAAACGAUUUCGGGAAUGAAGUGUAUCCCUUAAUGGAAUAUUCGUUCAUUCUACAGAGAAAUUCUGUGUACUACACGCAGGUUUUCAUACUUCCGGCUGUUCUGUUGGCGGUUCUCGUGCCCUUCACAUUUCUACUACCGCCGGAAUCAAGGGAGAGAAUCACGUUAGGUUCUGUUUUACUGCUCUGUAUCAUUGUCCUGUUGAUGAUGCUGCAACAGUUUCUCCCCGAUUCACACCCUAACAUUCCCACAAUUGCCAGCUACUACAUUGUGACGAUCAUCUGGAUCACCUUGUCUCUACUGACGUCAAUAUUUAUAAUCAAUAUACAAUCGCGAGGACCAAGGAAGAAAAAGGUCCCCACCUAUCUCAGACAGCUUUUUCUGCGAGGACUGAAGAGGGUGGUGUGCCUUGGCGACGACACCUACUACCCUUUAGAUGAACUAGAGACUGUAUCAAUGCGCGGGCUCGACCGAACUAUGGACGGAAUUGUUCGACAGGAAAACACUACGCAGUCAAAGAUGGAGCGUGACGUAGAGGAAAUAUUACGUCAUCUACAUACGCUUACAAUACGUAGUACCGUCCUGGAAGCGAGGCACGAGAUCAGGAACGAAUGGCACCAGGUGGCGUUGGUCCUCGACCGGAUUUUCUUUUUCCUCUUUAUCUUGACAUUCCUUCUCUACACAUUUGUACUACUCGCUUGAAGAAGGAAGGAAAAUGUGUAGUAUAUGUUUACAGCUAAAGCUUUUGUGUAUGAAAUCCGCGCCAUUUUCAAUAAUUGAUGACGUUGGAUGAUUCGAUUUUCAUUGACAUUGCGAGAAACGAGAAUUUUUAAUGAUUUUCAUACGAAUAGAAAAUUAGUUAUUUGCAUAAACAUGUGUGUUAAGGCUCAAAACUUUAUGUUAUCGACAAUCAUACACGUCUUGGCAGAUGUGAAUAUCCUUAGGUAUAAUAUGCAUUUUUAUGGAAUAGACAUCUCGACCGAUCGCUGAUAGGGAACGCAACACAUUUUCUGGAGGAAAGUGUAUAGGGUAAAUAUUGUGAUGAGUCCAAAAUUAUAUAAUGCUGAAUGGUUAGUGCUUAUUGUACACUUGUUCCUAUAUAUUGGAUCAUAGACUUGGACAAUUACAUUUAACACACGAACAUGUUGUAACAGAUGUCUCGGACAGAUACCAGUGGUUGUAACCAAUGUCUGUCGCAGAUAUCAGUAAUUGGAUGACUGGGUAAGCACAUACGGUCCAGGGUAUAUGAUAACCCACUUUUGACUGUACUUGUUUGUUAUGUUAAACUCAAGAGGCAAAAACAGUCUGGAAGCUUUCUAUUAAUACGGAUAAGGCCGAGUCAGACAUUGGAUUUACCGGGUAAAUUGUUGAUAUGUAACACUUAAUGAUGAUAUCUUUCUUGUUUUAUAAGUCUUGUAAUAUUUUGUAUUAUCGUGAAUAUUAAGAAUGAAAUAGAAUGGUUUGUAAAUACUGUCACAAGAACAUGUAUAUUGUAGUGUUUUUGUGAAUCGUUGGAAAUAAAGAAAAAUUAU